AUGCGGCGAAGCGUUAUCCGGCUGCGCAAGGAGUUCUUGGAGCGCAAGCAGAACGAACGCGUUCACGAGGCGAUCCAUGCCAGGAAGGAGCAGUUUCGUGAGGCCGUGAGCAACGCCACGCCGCUCCCGGGACAUCUCCGCAAGGACGCGUUAGCCCUGAAGAAGUUCGCGGAGCUGGACGACGACCAGACGAGGACACUGCAGACCAGUGUGGACGACGAGUACGCCAACGCGGGUGUGGAAGACCCGCGCGUUCUCGUCACGACGUCACGAGAGCCGUCACAGAAGCUGCUGGAGUUUGCGAAGGAGAUUCGGCUGGUCAUUCCCAGCGCUGUUCGUAUGAACCGCGGCAACCUCAGCGUCCGUCAGCUCAUGGAUGCGGCGCGGCGGGGGCAGUACUCCGAUGUUGUUGUGCUGCAGGAGUCGCAAGGCGUCCCCGAUAGCCUCACCGUUUCGCACCUGCCACUAGGGCCGACUGUCGUCUUCACAAUACAUAAUCUUGUGACACGGCACGACAUCCAGGACGUUGGCACGAUGUCUGAGCAGCACCCGCACUUGAUCUUUGAGAACUUCACGACGAGGCUGGGUCGCCGGGUGCGGGACGUGCUGAAGUUCCUCUUCCCCGUUCCGAAGCCUGACGCCACGCGCGUCUUGACGUUCGACAACCAGAAUGACUUUGUGAGUUUCCGCCACCACACGUUUAGGGCGGUAAAGGGGAGGGAGGUGCAGCUGACGGAGGUUGGCCCCCGCAUGGAGCUGGCGCCGUACCGCAUCACACUGGGGACGCUUGAGAUGGACGACGCCGAGACGGAGUGGGUGCUGCAGCCGUAUAUGAACACGGCGAAGAAGCGCCGGCUCCUGUAA